CUUCAUGAAGCAUUAUUUUUUGCAUAAAUCGGAGUUAAAGAAUUUCAUAAUUAUAACUUUUUACAUAAAAUAUAAUUAUUUCUUUAUAUUACACGUUGUUGGUGAAGUUGAAAUACGCUUUUAUUGAAACAUUGUGGUCACUGAGCGCUUUAAUACUAAUUAUAAUUGCGCUUAUAGCUUGUGUUGUUCAUCGCAAUUAUUGAAAUAUCCCAAUAUGGAAAAGAUAUUUAAAACAUUUUAGUGUUUUAACUUCUUGCUAAGCGGUGUACUUUCAUAGUUCAGGCGCUUAGAUCAUUUACCUCGAACUAAUCGCAUUCCAUAGGGAACUAUGGUUAGAGUCAAAUUUGUGCCCUUAGCUACUGUGGACUCUUCGGCGUGGUGAUACCGUAACUAUUUAGAAAAUAUGUAAAUAAACAUGAACGAUAUAGAUAUCAAAAUAGUGGAUUCACCGAAGGACCGGUUACUGGUUGCUGCAGAGUCGCCUUUGCCGGAAAAUUCGGGUGAAAAUGAGGUCGACCCCUUGUGCAUUGACGAGGAUAUGAACUCCGCUAAGGACUUGCUGCCCGUAGAUAAAACUGGCAUAGAAGAAGACGUGGGCAACUGUGAUGAUAACACCAAAGAAGAUGUUGUAGAAAAUGAACCCAAGGAAGCUACUCCUGAAUUAAAGGAAAACUCAAAUAUUAUUGCCGAGCAAAAUUGCAUCAGCAAUAUUGAAGAGGAAACUGCCAAAACAUCUGAUCUGAUUGAAGGGCAUAAUGAUACAAAUGAUGGAGUUGUAACCAAAGAGGAAAGUAGAGACCAAUCACUAGAAGAGAAGGUUAAAGAAACAUCUGCAAAAGAGGUUGAAGGCGAUGUUGAAAUGUCCGAAGCCCCAGUAGAUAAAACAGAGAAAGAGACUAAACCUAGUCUUUCUGUUAAUGGGGAUGUUAUUAAGGAGGAACCUGUGAAACGAAGAGCUAGUGAAGAUAUUGAUACUGAAUCUCCAUUGAAAAAGCUGUGUCAAGAAGUUGAAAAGACAUUUCCACAGCAUGAUAUCAUGAUAACUGACUACAUUCAAACUGCCACCAAAAAUAAUGUUGAUGAAAUUCAAAGGCACACAGAACAACUUCUAUCAGAAAUACAAACUCUAAGAGAACUCGCACAAAAGAAAGAACACGAAUGGAACAAUAUAUUACACCUGAAAAAGGUCAAAGAAGAAAUUUUACUCAGGCUACUCAGGCGAAAACAAGUUCUAUCAUUUGAGAAAUCACCAGACGUGAAUGGCGCGGAACGUUGCGAUCCAUUCGACUAUUUGAAUCAAGCCAAAAAUCUAGCAAUCGAUAAGAGUGAUGAAAUUUCUGGUCUGUCAUUGAAACCGCCUGGAUCUGCGAAUCCUAUGAUUCAACCACCAGUUAUGCCGGUGACGUCGCACUUUAAUUUAAUGUCAGGGUUGCCACCGCCAUAUGAUAAGACGGCCCACAUGCCAAUGUCGAAACCAAUGUUCCCCCAAGGUUUGAUGAUGCCCGGUCCGAUGCCAGGGUUCCCGAGGGAUAUGAAUGGACAAUUACCCUCCAGUUACGGGAUGCCUAUGGGUCGUCAAGGUCCCAUAAAGGAUGUUAAGUCUAUAAUAGCGGAUUACAGACAACGCAAUCCUGAAAUAGCGCCGCGGAGAGGUAGACGCAUGAAGUCGAUAGUUAAUCCGAAUAUUAUGAACCCUAGGCCCAUAGCACCCAAGAUGGAAAAUGUUAACAGCUUGGGAAACUUAAAUAUGCUAUUCAAUAAUUUGGAUAUGAAUCAAAAAGCAAUGUUAGAACGUCUCCAACAAAUGCAAGCCGGGGGUUUGCCCAAUGGUUUAUCGUUCAAGGAUGUAUUAGUGCAGUUUGCGAACAUGCAACAACCUGGUAUGAUGAACCGGCCAAUGGAUAUGCCGCGGCCAGAACACAUCCGGCCAGAUAGAAGAAGACAGGAAAGGAAUGAGGAAAUGCAUAAACAGGCAGAAAGGCUGGCAUCACCAAGUCCAAGACUGCCCCCUCCGCCACCUUACCCUGAAAUAUCUCUUCUCCCAGUCAACUCCAGUCAGGAAAACACACAGCAAAACUCAUUGCUGCACGGCAUCCUUACAAAGCAGGCGUCACCUGCGACUCAGAGUUACUCGCCGACGUUGGCUAAACUGCUUACGUCACCCGAAGGGAAACAGGCGCCGUUGACAACUUUCGGUCAGGCCAAGAAUUGUGGCGAGAUCACUAUAACUCCGGUGCAGCCGACGCCUCCACCGCAAGAGACGCAGACGCAAGAGAAACAAGAUGUUGGACAAUUGAAUGUACGGCAGGACGACGAAGAAAGCCCCGCUUCCGAGGGUGAGGCACCGGGUAGCGGGGGCUCGGGGGGUUCCGCGGGGUGUGCCGGCUCCCCGGGGGGCUCCGGGAGACUCGUCAUCGACGAAGCCGCGGAGGACACGCCCCUCUGUCAGGGCUGUCGUACAAGGGACGCACAGUUCGUCUGCGCUGGAUGUGCCAAUCAGUGGUAUUGCAGCCGAGAGUGUCAGGUGGCUGCGUGGGAUGAACACUCAGAAAUGUGUUCAGGCUGAAAGAUGGUUAAGUAAUGUUAGGUUAUCGCAUAUAUUGUAGAUUUUGCCUUACGUAUUUACUUAAAUGAUUUAACUAUGGCGGAUUAAUCGUGUCAAUAGAUAUGAAAACCGUAAAAUAUACAAUAACCGGUUUUCAAAGUAAAGUGAAGCUCUCAGAGACACAGAUUUUUAUCAGGCAAAAUUAUUUAAUACAGUGACACAACGACAUCUGAAAUAAUAUUAAAAAAAUCUCUAUACAUAUAAUAUAAAAUCAAUUUUUUUUCAAUCACUGUCAAAUAUGUUUAACUUCAUAUUGACAAAAUAGUUAGACAGCGCUAAAAACUUUGAUAAUCUGUUGCAGGUUUCAUUAGUGCGAUGACGUUUGAAUCUGUCACUGCUGUCACUGUCAAGUAAAGACUAAUUUCUUUUUUAAAAAUAGCCUGUAAAUGGAGCAUUAAGAUCACAAUUAAUCUGCUAUAGUGAUUAAGUACUACGAAUAAAUUGUAAUUGGUGAAUCUCCUGUUCCUUGUGUGUUUGAUAGAAUAUGCGAAAAAUAUCAUUCUGACAAAAACAAUAGUUUUGAUUAUGAAAGACAAUAACAGUAUUUCUUUGUUUACAGUAUUUUACGAUCAUUAAAGUUAUCUACGGUUUCACUUGUAUAAUCCAGUUACAGACUAAAUUUAAAUGAAUCAUGAUGUUUUCAUGUGUUUGACAAUAAAAUUAGUUUCUUACUUGCCCGUAUGGUUUGGUUUUCGAAUUGGAUUCCUACAAUCUCCAAGAAAUUCAAAUAGCUGGCAUUUAUAGUUUUAAUACAAAAAUAAUUAAAUCAGACAUAAAUUCAAUAUUUUAGUCACAAAAAUUAUUAAAAUAUUUUAUUAUUACUGUAUUAUUAUUUGCCUUCUGGAAAAAUCUAUUUAGAAUGACACUUACAAUUUCUUUUGGCACGAUUUAAAUGAACUUUAUUUUUAAUCUGAAAAGAUUCAUUUUUGUACUUAUAUCAUAGAACUGCCAAAAGAUCCUUGUAUGGAAAGAUUUGGAAAUCUUGUUCGAAGACUUCAUACGAAAUUAUAGAUUUUUUUUAAUGAAUAUUCUUUUAUACACUUCAGUAUUGAUAAAUCUCCCAUUAUGUAUAUAAUAUAUAUGCUUUGUCAUAAUAAUAGCUUAGUUAGCCCCUAAGGUCAUUCCUUGAAUAUUUUAGCAUAAUAAAUUAUUUAUGUAUCAAAUGUAUCGUGGAUUUAAAUAAUUGAUUAUAUUAUAUAAAGCAAAUAAUUAUAAUCAAAUUCAAAAAAUUACUUUAUCUAUGUUUUAAAUCUAUUGGGAUUAGUUUUGCAGUGACGAACAUCAGAACAAACCUUGUUAUUCGUAAGUUGAGUAUAGGUAUAUGGGUACCCCAUUAAGGUACUAGUAAAUCAAAUAAAUCAUUCAAUAAAAAAAAUUUUGACAAAUCAUUAAAUUAUCUAUGAUUUACCUUCCGGGUGCGUUUGUAAACUAUCCCACGUCCACCUCAAAAAGGAUUACAUCUUUAUUUAUUCUUGCUAGCAAUGUUAAUUGUUAAAACCUAUUUUGUAGUAUCGAAGUUCAAAAUACUACUAAAUAAAUACUGAGUCAGUUUUAGUUAGGUUUUUAUUUUAGAAUUGUUAAGUCUCUCCUGCCAUGUUAAUUGUCAAAAUGGCGCCAAAUUUUAUUUAGACAUAUUUACAGAUGUCAUCGUCAAAUUUUUAAAUUUGGAAAAUUUAACUUAUUGGCCAUACGAAAGACUAGGCGGUAUGGUCGAAAGACUAUAGCCUGCACCAUGGGCGAAAUAAAAAAAAAAAAAAAUGGCCAUUACCGACGGCGCGGUUUACGAACGCACGCCUUGCUCCUGAUAAAUUGUAUUGUAUCAGUAAUCUUGCAUAUUUAUUUCAAAUACAUCGACGCCUUAAGUUCUAUAGCCCUAGUUAGUGUAUAAGAUGUAAUUUAUAGUUGAGAGUAUGUGAAACUUGGAACUCAAAUUUUCGUGUAAUUAGAAUGUAAGUAUAAGAUGUCCGUAAAUGUUGUUUUAUUCAGUGUGACUUGGUGUGUCACAAGAUGGCGCUAUGCUUAAAAUAAAUUGUUACUUUUCGAUGUGAAUAAAACACGGUACAUUUAAUUUUCAUACAACUUCACCAAAUAGUUUGUGCCUUUUAUCAACGUAAGCAAUAUUAUUUAAGAUAUCUAGACUUCUUCGGCCUAACAAGUUUUUUUUCGGCAUAAACAAAAACUUUUAUCUUAAAAAGAUUUUUGGUUGCUAUUCAUGAUUCGCCUGCUAACUUGUGGUUUACCUGAAUUAUUAAAGUACUACAAUUGCUGGCAAAUGCUCCAAUUGGAACAAAUUUAAUAGAUAUUUUUCAAGUUUAUAACUGGCUAACUGAGACAGGAAACCGAAAUAAAGAUGGAAAUCGUUAUAUCAAUUUUGAUUUAAGUUUAAUGUGAUAUAAGACUGUCGUCUUGGGUUCCUCAUUAAUUUUUACACCCACGGCACAGUCUCUAAUAAACACCAAUAUAUGGACGUCAACAGAAAAGAUGUUUGAUUCUAAAUUUACUUUUACUACCAGUUCGCAAGUCAAGGGCGUACAGCGGGCAUGACUAGCAUACCAGUUAAAACACCAUUUAUUCGUUAAAUUUGCAUAUUUUUUUUUAUUAAUUUGAUAAAUACUUAACGUUUCUGUGCAGUUUUUAGUCCAUUCUUGGCAAAUUUGACAUCUUCAGAUCGUUGGGUAAUCCUACUUUGAAAUUACUUUAAUGCUAAAAAAUCAAUAGAAGAGAAGAAUAUCUUCCAUUUAUGUAGAGCAUUUGCUAAGCAGUAAUAUAGUCAUAAAAUAAAUACAUAUAUAAUCAUGAUUUUAUGAUUUUUCAAUUAAAUCGGUUUGUAAAUGUGCUAAAUUUAUUUUAUAUUGUAAAUAAAACUUGGCGCUCGUGUUAGUUUCGUUCCGACCGUGCCAAAACUACUAAACAUAUGUGCAUACAGUUCGCAAAGGUUAUAUUUUUAUAUCGCUAUGAUGCUUUUUGUGUAAGCUAAUAUAAGGUGUGACGGAGUAAGGUGAAAAGUCGAAAGGUACAUACGUUUUAGAACACAAAAUACAUCAAAUCAUUGAAAUUGUCUCGUAAAAUCUAUUGAUUUUACGGGUACGGUUCAUAAAGAAAGUUUUAUUAGUAACUGUCGUAUACCACCACUGCCUACUGACACUGCACCCUGCGUCCCAAGAGUAAAAAGACUGGCGAUGUUAGUAAACUUUAUUUCUUAUUGAAAAUUGUCUAUUUUUUGACUUACGACUUUUCACCUCUAAGGCUUAAAUAUAUAGCUUUGAGCUGUGUACCGACUUUCAGCUUAUGCUAAGCAUUAUCUGUCAAAUAUUAAUAUCGAAGCUGCGCUCAACACUUUAUAUUUAAGCCUUAUUCCCUAAACAGAUGAACUAUGAAGAUCUAUAUACAUAUAUAUUUUCUAUUUGAAAUAGAGUUCUGUGAAAUAACUAUUUUCUCUCAAAGGUUUUGUGAAUUUUCGUCGUACUUUUUAUUUUUAUACAGAACCAGUGUACACAAUGUUAGAAAUGUUAAUAUAUAGGUUAAAGGCUAUCUAAGGUUUGUGUUCGCUUCGAAUGUAUAACUUGACUUUGAAUUUAACGUUCAAAUAUUAUAAAGACAGCGCCUUUAGACGUGACAACGUGUAAUAAAUCGAUAAACGCUCUUCACGCCCGAAAAAGUAUGGCUCAUUGUCCUGUUACGCUCAUUGUACGCUUGCGCCGCAUCUAUCUCUCUUUUACUAGAAGAUUUAAGUACACAAUCAUUUCAUUUUGUUAUUUUUUUGUUGAUAUAAUUCGAAUAAUGUCCCGAAAUUCACUAUGGAUUGAAAAACUAUCUGCAGGGUUACUCUCUUACGAGGUAAUCUAUUUCAAUAUAAUUAACGCUGUCAUGUCGCUUACGCAUAGAGCGCAUACUCAAUAUUGAGAUCGGAACAUUACAGGGUAAGCGCCUACUUACCGUCAUAACUGACAGUACUAUGAAUUACACAUAAUUGGUACCUUGGAAAAAAUUGUUGCAUUUUACAGAUGAUUCUUAAUUACUACAGAAACAUAGCUGUUAUUUCUAUAGUUAUAAGUAACUAGUCUUGUGUUUUUGUCGCAUGUGACCUAAAAGGAUUGCAUGCUGGACUGUUACCCCCUUUUAAUUUAUUAUGUGAUGAAUUUGCAUACAAAAAUAUCGUGAUCGCUAUUGGAAGGAAACACUAGUGGGCAUUGAGCGCUUCGCUAAUUCGCCGUAAUAUUUCGAUCAGCAAUAAUUUGAGUUUAAUUAAAUUGCAUAUUAUAGAAAAUAGGCGUGUCUUGUUUUAAAAUCGCUAGUCAAGUGUUUCGUU